GCCUGUCAUGAUUGAAUCAAACACAACACACAAACUAUUUGCCAUAUAGUUUGAUACAUUACAAAUAAAUUAAAGCGCAUAAUUUUAAAACAAAACUGUUGCGAUAAUGUUAUCCCGCCUUUUUGUCGCUGUGUCACUGCGAAGGGAGAUAAGUCACUUAACGGUUGGGUGACUCCUUAUUUGCUGACAGCAGAAGCGGCAGCACUCACUUGCACUCGUUCACUGUAAAACAGGAGGUGUAGACGAAAGAAGGUGAAUCAGUGAUGGUUCUGAAGGUGUUCUUCCCUCAAUGCUGCAACCGCGCAGCCAGCGGUCUGCUGGUGGGCCGCUGGAUUCCGGAGCACGACUCUGCCGUGGUGCUGGCCGUCAUCCACUACCCGUUCAUUCCCAGCCAUGUCAAACGCUACAUACAGCAGAUGGCAGCCGAGAGCCACGUGGAACUGUCUGUGUUGGGCUCGUGGAGCUUACCUCAGGAAGGCGAGGAGGGGAUGGAUAGCUUCCUGAAGGACCUGAGCACCAUGUUCCCCCAGCAACGCUGGCUCCAAAUCAGCCGCCGCAUGGGCCAGAAAGGCUUCACCUGCCACCUCCUCGGACCCACUCCACCACCAAAAGAGGUGAAGAAGACUGAGGAGGAAGUGGAAGAGGAGAGCGAAGAAGAGGAGGAGAAGGUGAUCUUUGUCCACUACGAGCAGAGGAAGGUGAUGUUGUCACAGCUUCACCCCGUCCAGAAUGGUGUCCCCGAAUCCAAAGCUGCUUUGCCGUCCGAGUUGAGACAGGUAUUCCACACGGUAUCUAGCAGCGGCCCCCUAUUUUUCUUGGACAAGUAUGACGAUGGUCCGCUGAAGUCCACCCAUUGGCAGUCUGACGGUCGAGAGGGAAGCAUCAUUGUGGAGCUCCUGAAACAGGCCUCUGUGCCGCUCUGCAUGCUCCUCAGCCGAAUACUGGCCGUGUGGACUUGGAUCUGCAGCAUGCGGGUCUUUGAUGUUUUCCCGCUACCCUUUCUGUGGUCCAAGUUUUCGUCCUGUGUACAGCUCAGCUACAGGACCCAACACCUCAAGACUCUCAGCUCACCAAAAUCGGCCGAGAAUCACACGCAGUUCAUCAGAAAGGCCAACAUGUUUGUGUCCAUCCUGAUGGAUGUGGGUCUGGGUCUGUUGCUGGCCUCCUGGCUCUACAGAGAUGACCAUAUUAGCAUGAUAUCCAACAUGCUCGUUCCCGCUGCAGACCAUGUUGCUAAGGAGCUACAGGAUCUGCUGCAGUGGCUAAUGGGCGCCCCGGCUGGGCUUAAGAUGAACCGGGCCCUGGACCAGGUGCUGGGCCGCUUCUUCCUCUAUCACAUUCAUCUGUGGAUCAAUUACGUGCAACUGUUGUCUCCGUUCAUGGAGUCCAUCCUGUGGUACGGCGGCCUGUCGGCGUGCCUGGGUUUGACCUUUGCCUUCUCUCUGCUGUCCGACAUGGUGGCGCUGCUCACCUUCCACAUCUACUGCUUCUACGUCUACGGAGCCAGGCUGUAUUGCCUGAAGAUCUACGGCCUAUCUUCGCUAUGGCGGCUCUUCAGGGGCAAGAAGUGGAACGUUCUGAGGCAAAGGGUCGACUCCUGCUCCUACGACCUGGAUCAGCUAUUCCUUGGUACGCUGCUGUUUACCAUCCUACUCUUCCUGCUGCCCACCACAGCCCUCUACUACUUGGUCUUUGCACUGUUGCGUCUGGUGAUCAUCCUGUUCCAGGGCGUCAUCCACCUGAGUGUGGAUUUCAUCAACUCCUUCCCGCUCUUUGCCAUCGGCCUUCGCGUGUGUCGUCCGUACAGACUCGCAGAGGGUGUGAGGUUCAGGGUGCUAAGUGAGGAGCCCGGAACUGCUCUUCACCUGCUCAUGGAGAUUAACCCGCUGAAGAGCAGCGCUGUGGUUGACACGUACCGCACGCCCACUUACAGCUGUUACCCCAAGGACUCAUGGGGCGCCCUGGCCAAGAAGCUCUUUGUCGGGGAGCUCAUCUACCCAUGGAGGCACACCAGCACCAAGAGCCACGCUGCCAAGACUGACUAACUGACUGACUGACUGAGCAGCACAAAAUGAAUAAGUCAUGAAAUGGAAACAGAUGGACGCAGGCAAGAGAGAGGAAAUGGAAACUAAAGUGGUAGCUGCUCUGAUCACUACAGCGACUAGUUCUGACUUGGAAAGGCGCCAGUUUUGUGAUAUUUCACUUCAAAUGAGAUAUGAGGGCAUAUACACCCCACACUGACUUCCCAACACUCAAAUAUUUUAUGUUAAAAAUGUCUACCAUCCUGUGAUGAAGUUACAGGUGUACCAUUUCUCAAACCCUUUUCUUAUGUUAUUUAUUUAACUAUUGAUAUUUUUAAUGCUGAAAUUGUCAUCCAGGUACUUACUACUUACCGUAUUUUCCGGACUAUAAGGCGCACUGGACUAUAAGGCGCACCUUCAACAAAUGGCCCAUUUUAAAACUUUGUCCAUAUAUAAGGCGCACCGGACUAUAAGGCGCACCAUUAAUGCAAUCACAAUAUAAUAACUUGAAAUAGUGAAAACAAUAUAUCAAUAAUGUUAAUAGCACACAACACACAAAAUAAACAUGUAAAGCUUACUUUAAUAAGUACAAAACAGUCAGAUAGAUCAGUAAACUUGAGAAGGUAAAGUUCCAUCCAUCCAUCAUUCUCUAUUUAGUCCAUAUAUAAGGCGCACCGGACUAUAAGCUUUUGAGAAAACUUGAGGUUUUUAGGUGCGCCUUAUAGUCCGGAAAAUACGGUACUUACUGUGUAUUGAGCUGCAGAAGUGCUAUUGUGUAUAAAAUAUAAUAAAAAAUAGCAAUUAUACUAAAAAAAUAACACAUUUUGCGGAUGUACUUUUGUGUAAAAAAUAUGAAUUAGAUAGUCAUUUUAGCCACCACAAAAAAUGCUCACACCAGGUCAAGCUCUAAUUUUUGUGUGUCAAUUGAAGUCUUAAUUUAGACCAAAUGAUGUGAAGUAGACAAGCUGUGAUUUUAUGCAAUUUCUUUGUAAUUCUACUAUAAUUAUAAUUUCUAAGUGUUAUUCAUAUUGUGCCUCUAAUGUUAUUUUUAGUGUACUGGAAUGGAAUAAGUUGUCUUAUUUGUGACUGAUUUGUACUCAUUUUUAUUGACUUUUCCAUAAUGCUCUCAUGUUGAGCCUUUGCCAUUAAACACUCUUCCCAAGAA